AGAACCACCAUUGCUAGUUCAUUACACUGUCAUUAUAUCUAAUUCCACUUAGUUGCUUCUGCUUUACCUACAAUCGCAACCAGACCUAUCCUCACUCAAACAAACCAAAACCAAAACACCAUCGCGCAAACCAACCCCCAUCAAUCAAUCAAGAAGGAAAGCAAAAGAAGAAUACAACGGCAUGGCCACCCUCCGCCCAACUCUCCGGGCCCUCCCAACAUCCCGUCUCCUCCUCCUCCGCCAACAGAAGCAAUGCCAAAGAGCCCACUCCACCGUCUCCGCAAAUGAACUCUCCCACUUCUCCGCACUAGCCAGCAGCUGGUGGGAUCCGCAAGGUCCCUCGCGCGUCCUGCACCUGAUGAAUCCUCUCCGACAUGAUUUUAUCGCAUCUUGCCUCGCGCAGGGGACCCCGCCGGCUACUUCUACCGAGAACAACACCGGGAAAGAGGUGGGAAACGCAAACACGCUUAAAUAUCUCGACAUCGGCUGCGGAGGAGGUAUCUUCGCGGAGUCGCUCGCGCGCACUAUCAACCCUGCCUCAAGCUCGCAGACACACACCCGCGCAGCGUCGAUAACAGCGCUUGAUCCCUCGCCGACUCUCAUCCAGAUUGCGCGCGACCACGCCCGGACGGAUCCUAUCGUCGCGGAACAUCUCCGGAACGGCACAUUCACCUACAAGAACUGUACUCUGGAAGAUCACGUCUCUUCCUCCUCUCCCGCUCCCCAAUCAUCAUCACCAUCAUCACCAUCAUCCCCCUCCCCCACACAAACCCCCACCAUCCCCACCUCAAACCAAUACGACGUGGUCACCCUCUUCGAAGUAAUCGAACACAUCGACAACACCUCCCCAACCAGCAACCCCACAACCUUCCUCACAGACUGUCUGCGCCUCGUCCGCCCAGGCGGAUGGCUAAUCGGCUCGACCAUCUCCCGCACCCUCACCUCCUACCUCAUCAACCAGGUCAUCGCCGAAGCGCCGUGGCCGGUGGGCGUCGUCCCGCGGGGCACGCACGACUGGGCGAAGUUCGUCAAUCCGGAUGAGUUGGAAGGGUGGGUGCAGGAGGCGCUGAUGAGGGGUGCGGAUCGGGGCGUUACUGUUAGGGGCGGUGGGGGCGCGUUGGGCGAGGGCAUGAGAUUUUAUGCAAUACGUGCACUACACGGCGCCCAUCUCCAACAACAGACGAACCCCACUGAAGUGUUCAGCGUCGCCAACAAGACAACCAAGCUAGCGUGA